GCGUCUCGUCUCCAUUCGCGUGAAGAAGAAGAAGAAAAAAAUAUCCCCAAUCGGCCUCACCCACUACUGCGUCGUCGUCCUCCUCUCUCCCCUCAGAUCUGCAACCCAAGCCUCUCCGCCGGCGGCGGAUCCGCGAUGUCUCCGACGGUGCGGGGGGCGGCCCCCCUGCUCCGCGACGACGCCCUCCUCCUGCCUUCCUCCUGCCACCGCUGCUGCUCCCACCGUCUCAGGCCUUGGUCUUGGCAUCCCCAUGCCCUUUCCUCCUCCUAGCGCGCCCCCGUCCUCGUCCUCCUUCUCCUCCCCUUUCGCUUAACCUCAUUCCUUCGGCUCGCGUCCGUGUCCUUCUGUCUACAGCUUCUCGUUUUUCUGCUUCAUCCUCGCGUCGUCUCCCUCUGCCCGUAGCUAGAGUUUGGUUUCGGUUCUGGUCGGGUUUCUGUGUUGUGCUUGCAAGGUCGUGUUGGAUUUGGAUCGGCUGCUCGCGCUCGUUGGGUCGCCGGCGUUGGGACUGUGAUUGUUACUGUUCUCGCGAGCGAGUUGCUUGAUGGAUGGUCGUCCAUGUGGUCUUGGGAGAGUGCCAGCAGUGGCAUCUGAGGGCACCUCUUCCGUUGACAACACCAGCAUCACGAACAUUCGGCCAGAGAAGCAGCAGCCUACGCUGCUGGAUGGAGCUUCUCCGCAGAGCGACAACGCCGAUGGUUCGUUGCAGGCUGGAAUGUGUGUGGAUUUCUCCAACUCUGUUGGCUCAGGGGUGAACAAAGGCCUCCAGAAGUGCGCAACGUUUCCUUCUUCUACCGUUGAAACCGGACAGGAGGAUCCGUGCUGUGACGCAGAUGACACUCUGAAGGGUGCUCACACUUAUCAGCGCUCUGUGUCCUUACCUCCAACUGCGAAGCUCAUCUCUGCUAUGAAAGGAAGCCGCCGAAAGAAUGGGAUGUCAACACCAACUGAGAAUCGCCACAUCAAAUGGGCGCCGGACGUGUAUGACCCCCCUGUCACAUCUGUGAGUCAUUCUGUCAACAACAGUUACCAGCGACGGUCCAAGCCCCGUAAGAAGGACAAGAGCAAACAGAAACAGAAGCAGAAGGGCAGGUCCAAGAAGAAAACCCAGAGUGUCAUCCAGAAUCCAGCUGUCCUUCAGACUCAUGGAUUGGAGGAUGUUGGCCCCUCCACUGGUGGGAAAGCUCCUGUAGACCUCGGCAAGCAUGAGACCGAGAUGUUGGACUAUGGCAUUGGCAGCCAAGAAGCCAAUUGCGGAAGCAGCUUCCUUCGUGAGACGGUUGCUAAAAUGCACUUCUCCACCGCUGAGGCUUCCUGAAACGCCCGCGGCAGACUUCAGAUUCUGCAGACGCAUCUUCGAUAUGUAAAUAUGUUGGCUGUACAUAAAUAAAUCAUGUGUGUUGUUAUCACCAUGUCUCUCCUGUUUUGUGGUGCUAGGGAACUUCUGUCCUGGUGUGGUUUGUAGCAAUCACCAUGAUUUCUGGACUGUUUUUUGUAUGUAUGAUCUGCUGGACAAAACAAUCAUCAAUCUACUCUGUUCACCACAGUUGAUUCCUUAUCAAAGAUUUACUGACU